UUGAUGCGAGGAAGAGGAGAUAAUAGAGAGAAUGAGAGGUAGAGGAGUCAGUAAGGAGUCAGCUGGCAGUGACUCAACAUCCACAGCUGUCUACGUAAUAUAUCUUUUUUUCUACCUCUUAAAUAUGGACGAGAACGCCCAGAGUGAGGAGCACCAGUUUGUGGUCGAUGAGGUGAGCACUAUCAUCAAGGAAAGUAUAGAGACAGUGAUUGGCGGCAACGCUUACACCAGCGCCAAGGUGAACAACUGGACUUCACAGGUGGUGGAAAAUGUGCUAGGAAACCUAUCCAAACUCAACAAGGCUUUUAAAUAUAUUGUGACCUGUGUAAUAAUGCAGAAGAAUGGAGCUGGCCUUCACACAGCGAGUUCCUGUUAUUGGGACAACACCACUGAUGGUUCGUGUACAGUCCGCUGGGAGAACAAGACUAUGUAUUGCAUCGUGUCGGUGUUUGGACUGGCAAUCUGAGAUCGUAGUGACUUAGUGUAUUCAUUUAAUUCCAAGGAUUGAAUUAUAUUUUUGUGGGCCUAUAAAUGAUGGUCACAUGGCAUCUAGCAACUGAAAAUAUUGAUAUUUUUGAAGAUACUUAGAGUUGAUUCAUACUAAUUAAUACUAGCACAGUAUUCAAACUUUAUGUAGCUUUAAUGGUAUUGUUCAACUCCUUUAUAUCUUCAGUGUCAAAGCUUUAACAGUUAUAUGACUAGGAUAACCUUGCUAACUAAACUUGCUUUAACUAUUCAUAGUCUGUCUUGGGGCUGCAUAUGAUAACCUUUAUAUAUAAUGCUUACAGAAAUGGAAAUAUUCAAUCCUUGCAUCCAAACAGUGCCUGUCAUUAUGUUUGUUAAAGUUUUAGUUUGAUAGCCAUCAUGCACCCCAUACUCAUCUUGUGGGUAAUAGUUGAAAAAUUAUAUAGACAUUUACUAGGAUGUAGGGUCUGUGUUAUGGUGAGUCAUCUUAAUUUGUCAUGUAAUUAUGAAGAGACAUGAUUUUGUAAAAAAAAAAAAAAAAAAUUCUGCCAUGAAUUGCUGCUUUCUCAAAGAAUAAGAGAGAGCAGUAGCCAUUAUUAUGUUGAGAGAAAUUACUAAUGUUUGUGGUAGCCAGAUUUAUAGUAAAUUUAUAUAUAUUCUUUCAUAUAUUUUUUCAUUGAUGACAAAGUACUGUUGUAUAUUCAUAUGAUAUACAAGGUACAGUAUUUCAGACAUUAAUUGAAUCUUUUGUUAUUGUGUAUCAUCUUGGAUGUUUGUUUUUCCAAUAAACUUUUAUAAUAUUAUCAUUUCUCUGCCAAUUGCUUAUCAGUUUUGUGGAUUAGUGUUUGAAAUUAAGAUACAGAUAUCAUUAGCCCAUAAUAUUAGCUGAUUUUCUUGUUAAUUUUGUCCUAAGGAGCCAUUGCUUGUAACUUUUGAUAUUUUACAAGUAAAAUAUCAAACUUUGGUUCAGCUUGUUAGAAUAUUAUUACAACCUUUAUUAUAUGUCUAUUUAUUACAUAAUACAUAAAUCUCAAUUGUCUAACAUUGUGUAUGUAGCUAAAGAGCCGGGAAUCAUUGAAUGUUGAACUUAAAAGUUAGUCUGAAUGAAUGAUUAGACUGAGAAAAAGUAAUGGAAACUGGUUAAGGUAAAUUUAACUAAUGAGGGUCUGUUAGACUGGUCCAUUCUUCUUACAAUGUACAUGCAAAACAAAAGACUGGGUAUCAGAUCAGCAACAUUACAUUCCCACCUCAAGCAUUGCAACCUUGGUACUCUUAACUGGUCAGAUUGAAAGUGCUUGCUGUGGUGUGCACCUUGUCAUGCCAAGACAGACAAAGCUGCUGCCUCUCUGAAGGUGAUUGUAUGUAGUUGUAGGUAUGAAGGAUAUUCACUAUUUUUGCCCCUAUUGUGAAACACCUUCUCAUGAAAUAUUAAAUUUUUAUAGUAGCAGGAUAAGUUUGUCAUUAAAUCAUUCCCACCCCUAAUGUGAAAUUGCAGAGAAUGGCGUGUUAAAUGAAGUCGUAGAUAACAGGUCAUGUAACAGAUAAUAAAAGAACUGAAUGUCCCAUGCAUGUUCAGCCUUUUUUGUGUGACUAUAUCAGAUUAGGUCAAAGAGAAGGGAGAAAUCAUUUUUCAAGGUAAAUUAUGGCUUUAGAGCUUUGUGUUGAUAUGGGAAGUAAAGAAUAAGUUUUUACCUUGCUGCCAGGAUAUGGCAGAUUUUCAUGUGUAGUUAGUUGUGAGCACCAGCACUUUCUUUUUUAGACUUGACAUUUUUAAUUUAUAUGGGCAUAAAAUAGUAGAAUAAGUCACUGGCUGGAAUAAAUGAGAACCUUUAAAUGAUAUUUUGGUCUUUGCAACUUGAUACUUUUCCACAGUGGACCAAAGUAUCUUAUAACAUUUCUUCUACUAGGGGGUUAGUUGUGAAGCAUAAAAUAGUACAUUAAUAUGUAUGACUUGGAAAGCUGAAAUAUUGUAAUUUUCCUGAUUAAAAUAUAGGAUAAAAUUUAUUCA